AUGGAUAAUGUUGUGGUUUUGCGGGUGCCAGACAUCUAUGGCUCCAGAGUGACUGUGCCCAUCAGCUGUGGCGAAGCGUUCCGAGACGAGCCGGUGACGUGGAAGAGAGACGGCGUCUUCCAGCCCGCGCUGCAGGGGAAUGACAUCCAUGUGACGGUGAGGGAGUGGGACGGGGGAGACUUCAGCUGUCACCAGAGUCCAGAGGGUCCAGCGCUCAACCACACGCUGCUCCUGGUCCAACUGGAGCCAGACAACCGGACCGCCAUCCUGCAGCCCAGGGGUGCGGACAGAGAUUACAUCCACUGUUCGACCCCAAACUACAGAGGCUCUUUCCACUGUCACUGGAGCAAGCACCAUCACCGCUCUGGGGCCUCGGUGCUGAUGGUCAAAAGCCAUCGUAACCAGGAGCCGGUGCCGUGUGUCGUUGAGCCCAGCGGGUCGGAGAUGUGCUGCGAGGAGAAUAACUGUCCGUACAAAGAGGAGCAGCACCGUAUCUCCCUCACACUGUACAUGAAGAGUGCGUCCCGGCUUGAGGCCUACACCAAGGCCUUCUACCUGCGAGAUAUCGUGACCCCAGGACCUCCUACAAACCUUCACAUCAUCACCAGAAGUGAGACCAGCAGAGCCUUCGGAUGGAACUAUCCCGAGUCCUGGGACAAGCCGUGCAGUUACUUCAGUCUGCUCUUUCAGGUCAAAGUGGUGCGCAGCGGAGGGACCUGCCACUCCGAAGAGUACGUCCUGGAGGACGCCACUUCUCAGAUGGUGUAUGUGGUGAACAGAGCCAAGAAGUACGUUUUCUGUGUGCGAGCCCAGGACAAGCACACGGGGGGGCCAUGGAGCGAGUGGAGUCAGUGCGACGUCACCAGAGACAGGUUCAUCUGCUAG